GGGCAGCCACCUGGUCCCGCUUCGUACCUGGUCCGGUCAUUUCUGGGCCGUCACGGAACGCCAGGCAUCGCGCGCACCCACGCCUGCCGCCACGGUACCUGCUCCGGUCAUUUCUGGGCCGUCCCGGAAGGCCAGGCACCCACGCCGGCCGCCGCGGCAGCCUCCCGACACCCAGGACAAGGGGCAGCCACGGGAGUGGAACACGGGGCAGCGUAAGCAUGUCGCGCGACAUCCUCAGCGGCCUGCCCGACGCGACGCGCGGCGAGAUUAUCAGUUUCAUGACCUUUUUUAAAGGAGAGCGCGCGCGGACGCUCGAGGCCCUCGACGGCGACUUCGAGGACUGCCUCGAGGACAGAAUUAGAGGGGUGGACCCGCCGUUUAGCCUCGAGGACGUCACGAGUGCCGUGGACCACCUCCAGGUCGUGGUCAAGGACGGGGUCGAGAGAGAUCUGAAGAAGAUCGUGAACAUGAACGUGUUGUUGCUCAAGAACCUGCUGGCGACGGCGCAGCAGCGCGGCGUCCGGUUGCGGGUCGACACGUCCGUGAUCGAGGACGAAGCCUUGCUGAGGCAGGUCGACGCCCUGAAGCUGACGGGCGGGUCUUUCAGUCCCGCGGAGCCCAAGGGGCCGUCCGCGAGCUUCGAUGAUUUGACGUCGAAAGAGGAGCAGAAAGCGCUCGAGCGGACGAACGAUAGACUGGUCCAGGACAAUACCACGCUCCAGAAGGAUUUAAGACGGCUCCAGGCCCAGAGCGAGCAGGCGGCGCGCGACCAGGCGGACCUCGCGGACGAGGUACGGCGCCUGCGAAAGGAGCUGCGCGCGUCGUCGCCUGUGUGGAAAUCAACCACUGAGUUAGUUGCGUGUGGACCUUCGUGAGCCUCCACGCCAUCGAGCCGACGUGGCCACGGGGACAAUGUCGCGUCGAUGGCGUGGAAUCGCCACGCCAUCGCGCAGACGCAGCUACGGAAAGCACGUCGCGUCGAUGGCGUGGGGCGCCCGAAAUUUGAUUUCCACACAGGUCGUCGCGGAGCCAGGCCGAGGCCAAGGACGACGAGGUCGAGCGGCUCUCGUCGCGGCUGCGCGACGCCGAGGACGGCCUCGAGGCGAAGCUGACGUCGUCGCGGCAGUUCUCGGACCUCAAGCGCCAGCUCCAGAAGAAGAACGAGCUCGUCAGCGACCUCCGCGCGCGGCUCCGGCGGGCGGGGUUGGACGACGACGCGCUCACGGCCGACGACCGGGUGCGCCGCUAA